CGUCUCUCCCGGCAAUCCAACGGCCUACACCUCCUUUUCAAUCUCACCUCCACGAUUAAAUAGAUUCUCUCAAACUUUGGAUCGUUUACCCUCUUCCCUUUCUCUCCCUCUCUCUAUUUGCUGUACGUAUACACACAUAUGGUUUCUGUGUUUUCACUUUGAUAACCUCUGCUUCUUCUUCUGGGCUCGGAUAUGGCCGCUCCGCUCGAACCUUUACGACCCAUUAUUCACAGUCAAAUUUCCAUCAACUAUAAUCCUAAUCUCAAAUAUUUAUAUCAUCACAGUUUCUUGUGUAACAGAUACGGAGCGAUAAACACAAAUUUGUUUUCCUUCACGCUCAAUUCGACGUCGUGUCGAGCUCAAUCUAGGUCUUCGUUCGAAUUCUAUCCGAUAAAUCUCUGGGGAGUUUGUUCCAAGCUCCAAAAGCUCAGAGAUAGUGUCAGAGUUCGGGCCAAUAGUUCUUGUGAGCACGACACCGAUUCUGCUGAUAAAGGGGAAACGAAAACUAGUGAAACCAGAAGUGGUUCGACUCCGGGCCCGGGUUCUGGGUCCGGUACUGGUUCUUCGAGGAGGGAGAAGCAAGGGAAAGGGAAUUGGUGUUGGUCCAAGGGGAACAAUAAAUGGCAAUGGCAACCAAUAAUUCAAGCACAGGAAAUUGGGGUUUUGCUGUUGCAAUUAGGUAUCGUUUUGUUUGUCAUGAAGCUGCUUCGCCCUGGGAUUCCCUUACCUGGUUCGGAGCCUAGGCCUCCGACUUCGUUUGUGAGUGUUCCGUAUAGUGAGUUUUUGACUAAGAUUAACAGUAAUCAGGUGCGGAAGGUGGAGGUUGAUGGGGUCCAUAUAAUGUUCAAGUUGAAGGGUGCUGAGUUGGGUGUUGCGGGGAGUGAGAUGAAUAGUAAGUUGCAGGAAUCAGAGUCCUUGCUGCGUAGCAUGAGCCCCACGAAGAGGGUGGUGUACACGACUACAAGGCCGAAUGAUAUCAAGACUCCAUAUGAGAAAAUGCUGGAGAAUGAUGUGGAAUUUGGUUCCCCAGAUAAGAGGUCUGGAGGGUUCAUGAAUUCUGCAUUGAUAGCUUUGUUCUAUAUUGCUGUGCUUGCAGGUCUUCUUCAUCGGUUCCCUGUAAGCUUUUCUCAGCAUACAGCAGGGCAGCUUAGAAACCGCAAGUCUGGCGGUUCUGGUGGUUCCAAAGUAUCUGAACAAGGGGAAACAAUUACUUUUGCUGAUGUUGCAGGUGUUGAUGAGGCUAAGGAAGAACUUGAAGAAAUUGUGGAAUUUCUCAGGAAUCCUGAUAGGUACAUACGACUUGGUGCACGUCCUCCGCGAGGUGUACUCCUGGUGGGUCUGCCUGGGACAGGUAAGACACUUUUAGCAAAGGCUGUUGCUGGGGAAGCUGAGGUACCCUUCAUUAGUUGUUCAGCCAGCGAGUUUGUAGAACUUUAUGUCGGUAUGGGAGCGUCCCGUGUCAGGGACCUUUUUGCUCGAGCAAAGAAAGAAGCACCAUCAAUAAUAUUUAUAGAUGAGAUAGAUGCUGUAGCAAAAAGCCGUGAUGGUAGAUUUCGCAUUGUCAGCAAUGAUGAGAGAGAACAAACAUUGAAUCAAUUGCUCACAGAAAUGGAUGGAUUUGACAGUAACUCAGCCGUGAUAGUUCUAGGAGCAACUAACCGGUCAGAUGUCUUGGAUCCGGCGCUUAGGCGGCCUGGGAGGUUUGAUCGUGUGGUUAUGGUGGAAGCACCUGAUAGGACUGGAAGAGAAGCCAUUUUGAAAGUUCAUAUUACUAGGAAAGAGCUUCCUCUUGCAGAGGAUGUUGAUAUUGGUGAUAUUGCUUGUAUGACAACUGGUUUCACUGGGGCAGACCUUGCAAACCUGGUAAACGAAGCUGCUCUGUUGGCUGGAAGACAAUCAAAACUGGUUGUGGAGAAAAUUGAUUUUAUUCAAGCUGUCGAGAGGUCAAUAGCGGUUAAAAUGGCUUCAGUGCAAGCUACUUUGACACCAGCUGCAUGCAAGAAUGGGAACUAUUCUUCCCCGAUGAAGUUCUCGAAUAGCUCCUUCUUGCCUGGGUUUGAUGUGACCGGACAAAUUACUGGAAUAAGGAAGAAGGAUUCAUGUUCGACCCUUCUGUCUGGCGUUAGAGCCACUUUAACAUUUGAUCCCCCUACAACCAAUAAGGAGAACUCCAAGCAAAGGAAGCACACUGUGGAUCCCAAUGCUCCUGAUUUCCUCCCUCUCCCAUCCUUCGAAGAAUGCUUCCCGAGGAGCUCCAAGGAAUACACGGAGGUUACUCAUGGACAAUCUGGAAAUGUACUUAAAGUUCCUUUUCGACGUAUCCACCUAUCAGGGGAUGAACCUCAUUUUGAUGCUUAUGACACCAGUGGCCCCCAAGAUAUUAACCCCCACAGUGGUCUUCCCAAACUGCGCAAGGACUGGGUUGAUAGGAGGGAGAAACUCGGUGGGCCAAGAUACACACAAAUGUACUACGCUAAGCAGGGAAUCAUAACUGAAGAGAUGGCAUUUUGUGCUGCUCGUGAAAAUCUGGAGCCAGAAUUUGUGAGGUCAGAGGUUGCUCGUGGCCGUGCAAUCAUACCGUCAAACAAGAAGCACCUAGAGUUAGAGCCAAUGAUAGUUGGAAGAAAUUUCUUGGUGAAAGUCAAUGCUAAUAUUGGAAACUCUGCUGUUGUGAGUUCUAUCGAGGAAGAAGUACAUAAGCUUCAAUGGGCAACAAUGUGGGGUGCUGAUACCAUUAUGGAUCUCUCAACAGGUCGUCACAUUCAUGAAACUCGUGAGUGGAUCCUACGUAACUCUGCUGUACCUGUUGGUACAGUACCAAUCUAUCAAGCACUAGAAAAAGUGAAUGGUAUUGCUGAGAAUUUGAGCUGGGAAGUUUUCAGAGACACCUUAAUUGAGCAAGCAGAGCAAGGUGUAGAUUACUUCACCAUCCAUGCUGGAGUCCUUCUCCGUUACAUUCCGCUGACAGCAAAAAGAAUGACUGGAAUUGUUUCUCGUGGAGGUUCUAUUCAUGCAAAGUGGUGCUUAGCUUAUCACAAAGAGAAUUUUGCUUACGAACAUUGGGAUGAAAUAUUAGACAUAUGCAAUCAGUAUGAUAUAUCCUUAUCGAUAGGUGAUGGUUUGAGGCCUGGAUCCAUUUAUGAUGCAAAUGACACUGCUCAGUUCGCAGAGCUCCUAACUCAAGGAGAAUUGACUCGUAGAGCUUGGGAGAAGGAUGUACAGGUCAUGAAUGAAGGACCUGGACAUAUUCCGAUGCACAAGAUUCCAGAGAACAUGCAAAAGCAGCUGGAAUGGUGUAAUGAAGCGCCUUUCUACACUCUUGGACCCCUGACAACUGAUAUUGCUCCUGGUUAUGAUCACAUCACCUCAGCAAUUGGUGCUGCCAAUAUUGGGGCUCUUGGUACUGCACUGCUCUGUUAUGUGACACCCAAAGAGCAUCUUGGCUUGCCUAAUCGAGAUGAUGUAAAGGCUGGAGUUAUAGCUUAUAAGAUAGCUGCACAUGCCGCUGAUUUAGCAAAAGGGCAUCCUCAUGCUCAAGCCUGGGAUGACGCACUGAGCAAGGCAAGAUUUGAGUUCCGUUGGAUGGACCAAUUUGCAUUGUCAUUGGACCCCAUGACUGCAAUGUCCUUCCAUGACGAAACCCUACCAUCCGAAGGCGCUAAAGUGGCACAUUUCUGCUCUAUGUGUGGACCAAAAUUUUGCUCUAUGAAGAUCACUGAGGACGUCAGGAAAUAUGCGGAGCAGCACGGUUAUGGAAGUGCAGAGGAAGCUGUUAAGCGUGGGAUGGAUGCCAUGAGUGCUGAGUUCUUGGCUGCCAAGAAAACUGUGAGUGGGGAACAACAUGGUGAGAUUGGUGGAGAAAUCUACCUGCCUGAAACUUCGUGAAGUCUAUCAAAAUCUGAAGGAUAACCUAAAAAUUGGGAACUGGCUGUGGACUCCAUUGGCAUCAUCCUACUUUGGCUGGUUGAGAUCUUCCGGAGGGGUUAGGAUCUCCUUCUUAAGCAAUAGGUAAGCAUGUAGUUCAGUUUGUUAAAUAACUUAUGACAUUGUCCUUGUGGAUGAAUGUCUAGACUCUAGGUUGUCUUGAUUGUCAGUUAAGAGAAUCCUGUCAUCAUUAUCUAUUAUCUAUUCAAAGUAUGCUUUCCUUUUCGUUGA